GGAAGAAACUGAGGCCCUGGGAUUACACAGCCAGUAGAGAGAGGACAGAGCAUGGAGCUCCUGAAAAGGCAGUGGAUAAUUCUCCCCUACAGAGGAGCUAACUGUUGAACCCCUACUUUGAAGGAGAGUACGUGUUGCCAAAUCGAAGAAGAGAAACGCCCUGGCUGGAAAGCAGAGAGAACAGCAGUCGCAGGUUUGGCUCAGAAACUCCCGUGUCCCUCAGCGUCUCGCCGGCACCCUCUGCCGGCGUGAGGUGGCGCUGCCUGUCCGCAUCCUGUGGGAGCGUCCACAUCCUCGGUCGACAAAAGGAGCGUCGACACUCUCGGACCUUGGAAAGUGACGGCCCAAAGGCCAGGGAGGAGCCGGGACCUCGCCCUGAGCUAGCGGGAGCUUGCGCAUCAUCUGCGGCCGGGUCCCGAUGAGCCUCCUGUUGCCUCCGCUGGCGCUGCUGCUGCUUCUCGCGGCGCUUGUGGCCCCAGCCACAGCCGCCACUGCCUACCGGCCGGACUGGAACCGUCUGAGCGGCCUAACCCGAGCCCGGGUAGAGACCUGUGGGGGAUGACAGCUGAACCGCCUAAAGGAGGUGAAGGCUUUCGUCACCCAGGACAUUCCAUUCUAUCACAACCUGGUGAUGAAACACCUCCCUGGGGCCGACCCUGAGCUCGUGCUGCUGGGCCGCCGCUACGAGGAACUGGAGCGCAUCCCACUCAGUGAAAUGACCCGAGAAGAGAUCAACGCGCUGGUGCAGGAGCUCGGCUUCUACCGCAAGGCGGCGCCCGACGCGCAGGUGCCCCCCGAGUACGUGUGGGCGCCCGCGAGGCCCCCGGAGGAAACUUCGGACCACGCCGACCUGUAGGUCCGGGGGCGCGGGGGAGCUGGGACCACCCUGCCUGAGUCCUGGAGACAGAAUGAAGCGCUCAGCAUCCCGGGAAUACUUCUCUUGCUGAGAGCCGAUGCCCGUCCCCGGGCUAGCGGGGAUGGGGUUGGGGAAGUUCCCCCAACCUCGCUUUCUUCCCUCCCCAGCUCCACUAAAUUCCCUCCUGCCUUAACUGA